AUGAACAGUCUUGAGGAAAUCCCCUUUAAGAUCCCAGCUGGGCCACAAGAAGACCCAAUGAAAGAGGUGGAGCUGGUCUCUGCCCCUGAGCUCAUGCUGCCCGACUACCUGCAUCUCCUGCAGGAGACAGAGUACGAGUUUGACCUGGAGAACUGGGUCCUGACAGGGCUUCAGGGGGGGUACUCCAGCGGGGGGGUACUCCCCCGCUGCACGUCCGGGGUGGGGCCCUCCUGCCCCCCCUACUGGCAGAUGCUCAGCAGCCCCCCGGAGCGCCGCUCGCUCCGCCGCAGUUACAGCCUCAGCGCCUCGGACCUGUACCCCCGGCCCUACUGGGAGGACGAGGAGGCCCCCUCCCUGGAGAAAGCGCGCCCGCACACUGCUGCGGGCGCAACCUCCUGCCCCGCCCACCUGCGGAAGACCUCCCCUUCAUGCCUCCAGGAGUUCAGGCAGUCCUCGCUGUCCGCGCUGGACCCACCUAAAGGGCGUGGCCCCCUGCACCAUGGCCAGAGGCACGCCAAGAGGAGGCCCCACCCGCUGUGCUACAGCUGUCGAAACCACUCCCUCUCGUCACAGCCGCUGCCUGACUGCUGUCCCCAGCAGACCAGGCCCUCCUCUUCCCCAACGUCCCUUGGUCCCCGUGUGGUUGGCUGUACGCUCGGUUCCCACACCCCGGUGUUGGACUCCCCUGCCGAGCUGCUGUCAGCCCUGAGCCAGGAGGAGCGGGAACUGCUAGAGGCCAUCACAGGGAGCGGCUACCCCCUCCGGACUGCCAUCCUCGCCCUGCAAAGGAUCGGCCCACAGAGCCCUGAGCAGAUCCUGAGCUACCUGGUGACAUGUGAGCGGCUGUGUGAGCUGGGCUAUGAUGAAGCUCAGGUGGAGGAGGCCCUGGAGAUGUUCCAGAACUGUGAAACUAAGGCUGCUGAGUUCCUGCACCUUCUGACCCAGUUUAAAGAAAUGGGCUUUCAGCAGAACACCAUCAAAGAGGUUCUGCUGGUCCACGAGAACCACAGAGAACGGGCCCUGGAGGAGCUGAUGAUGCGUGCCGUGUGA